AAUUUAAGAAAUAAUAGAAAGGAAACAAAUAUUUUAUGUCGUUUAUAAUAAUUGUGAUUUAUUAAUCCAUGAAUUGUUAGUCGGUGGGAAGCCGAGCCAUUUAACAUAUACAUUGUCUCCAUUACUUUUAAGUACUUUUUCCACGAGAUAAAUAUGAGGGUAUUUAGUCUUUUGUAAUUCUUUUUCGUAAAAACAUCCACUAAUAGGUUGACCAUUAAAAUCUUCAAGGAGAUAUGUUGGCGGGUUGGUUAGGUUUACUUUUCUUAUCAUAAAAAUUUCCGUUGUCCAAUUUGGUGUGUAGCCUUUCUCGAAAACGUGUUUGAACUUGCUUAUUCUAACAUUGUCGCCAACUCUAUAUUUACCCUGUGGAGCGAUUUUAAUUCUAUUAUAAGCUGUAGAUAAGAUUUUUUUAGAGUUUUCCUGAUUCACAUCGAUUGGGCGCAUUUUUAUAGUUCUAUGCAUAGAGUGAUUGUAUUCUUUCAACAAAUCAUUAAUAAUGCACGUCCAUUUGUAAUUACCAUUAAGACUGAAUUCCUUCCACAUUUUUUUCAGAAAUUUCUGUAUAAAUAACUGUUUCAGUUUAGGAUGUAUCUCAUACCGUCGACGAUGAAUCUCAGAGAAGAACUUUUACAAGUUGAAGAGGAAGUUUUGUUCAAGCCUUGUAAAAAGGUUAUUGAAUUAAAACAAAAUGAAAAAUAUCGUAUUGGUAAACUGAAACGUUGUGUUACGAAAUUUGGAGAACGAAUUGUUGCUGAUUUGGGCGAAUUUCAGACUUUCUUCCCAAUGCGAUACAACAAAUUGUCAGACGCUGCAAUAACCGAAAUCAAUCGAGGUUCAUUCAACUUUACCUAUUUAUGUCCGUUAGGACGAACUGCUAGUAUUAAAAUUGAAGAAGAACUGUAAAUUAUUAAAUAAACCUUACAUGUUCUGAGCAUA